AUGAAGUCGCAAGUAGCUGUCGCGGCGGCGACGCUACCCACCUCGCCAUACGCAAGCCGCGUGAUCAACCUUGUCUUUGAUGGCAUGACAUUAAAGAUCCAUGAGCAGUUUCUGGCCAAAGAGCCGUGGCUCGUCAAGAAGUUGGCCGAGGAGGAUCAAGCGUCCCGCUCGCGCAAGUUCCCUGAGCUGAACCUCAAGCACAUCUCACAUCACGUCGGACACGUGCUCGUGCACUACCUCGUGACGGGCUGCUACGACUGCCUCAAGGCCGAGGGCGUGUCGCCCGACGAGUCCACGGCACAGGACUUUACCACCGCCCUGCGCGUCUACGCGGUCUGCCGGCAGCACGACAUGAAGGCGCUCAGGGACCUUGCCAAAAAUGAGAUCAAGUGGCUCGGCGGCAAGAUAAGCAUACCGCGCAUGGUCGAUGCCGUUGAGGAGGGAUACCCGGCGGUGCCUCUGGAGGACGAGUGGUUCCCCGAGUACCUGCGGUCGCAGAUGGAGGCGUUCCACGAUGGCCUUACCAUGGCCAGCGCGGCGGACGCCCUGGAGGAGAUUGGACAGCCUCUCACCAUGAGCAAGAUGCUGCUGAGCAGCAUCGCGGAGAAUUUUGUCUACUGCAACCAAGCCAAGGGCGCGCCGGUGCAGGAAAGAACGACGCGGGAGUGGGCGGACGAGGUGAACCUCGCCUCCGAGAUGGGCAUCCAGCAAUUCGACACUCCUGUCUACAAGAAGCCGAAGAAGGCGUCCAAAGGGCUCGCCAACGGAGUCGCGAUGGCCGCAACACCAACCUCUGGAAGUGUUCCUCUCGAAGACAAUGACACGACCCUCGCCCCGGCCGUCUCGGACAUGCACCUCUCUGAUCUACCAGCCUCGCUUUCGGCGACACCUGCUCAUGGCGAAGGAGAAGGCGGCGACGCCAAGAACGGUCCAUCAAAAAAGUCGGCAAAGAGAAAAUCGCGGGCAAAGAAAAAGAAGGCGGCGAAGCUGCGCAACGAGGAUAAUGCGGGCGCCAACUUGAAUGACGCCGAGCAGGCUGUUGAAGGUUGA